CUUUCAUACUUGCCAACUCGAUCGAUUGCCGCGGUCGCGGAAUUGUCGUGUGAUACCUACUGUUAACUGUGGUAGUCCCGCUCCGUGGGUUCAGCUAUGGCUCUAUUCAGAAUUUCAUCAACGAAAGUAUUGGAAUUGCAGAAAGUAUGUCCAACGGCAUCGAUUCUGCUAAGGGGGCUUAGCGCCGAACAGACCAAUCUUAAGACUGUAUUGCAAGAGAAAAUCCCAAGGGAACAAGAGAGGAUUCGGGAGUUCCGUAAAAAUAAUGGAAAUACCAAGGUCGGAGAGGUCACCGUCGACAUGAUGUACGGCGGUAUGCGAGGCAUCAAAGGUUUAGUUUGGGAAACCUCAGUGUUAGAUCCGGACGAAGGUAUCCGGUUCCGUGGACUUUCCAUUCCUGAAUGCCAGGAACAACUGCCGAAAGCGAAAGGAGGAGAGGAACCCCUUCCCGAGGGUCUGUUCUGGCUUCUUGUUACCGGCGACAUACCCACCGAAGCGCAAGUUAAAGCUAUUUCUAAAGAAUGGGCUCAAAGGGCUGAGUUACCAGCGCACGUAGUAACCAUGCUGAACAACAUGCCGAGCAAAUUGCACCCCAUGUCUCAAUUCUCGGCUGCUGUCACCGCACUCAACAGUGAGUCGAAAUUCGCACAGGCCUAUUCCGAAGGUGUUCACAAAUCCAAAUAUUGGGAGUACGUUUACGAAGAUUCAAUGAACCUGAUCGCUAAACUGCCAGUAAUCGCAGCCACUAUCUACCGCAAUACUUACCGCGAUGGCAAAGGAAUCGGUGCGAUCGACGAUAACAAGGAUUGGUCUGCGAACUACUGCACAAUGCUGGGCUUUGACGAUCCUCAGUUCACCGAACUCAUGCGCCUCUAUCUCACGAUUCACAGUGACCACGAGGGCGGCAACGUUUCUGCUCACACGACACAUUUGGUGGGUUCCGCCCUCAGCGAUCCCUACCUCUCCUUUGCCGCAGGAUUAAAUGGCCUCGCAGGGCCUCUGCACGGGCUUGCCAACCAGGAAGUACUCGUCUGGUUGGAGAAGUUGCGUAAACAGGUCGGUGAUAACUUCACGGAAGAACAGCUGAAGGAAUUCAUUUGGAAGACCUUGAAAUCGGGCCAGGUCGUACCUGGAUAUGGACAUGCUGUACUCAGAAAGACUGAUCCCAGGUAUACCUGCCAGCGAGAGUUUGCUCUAAAGCAUUUGCCAAAUGACCCGCUGUUCAAACUGGUCGCAGCUAUAUAUAAAGUAGUGCCUCCGAUCCUAACUGAGUUGGGCAAAGUGAAGAACCCGUGGCCAAAUGUGGACUCCCACUCUGGUGUACUUUUACAGUAUUACGGACUGAAGGAAAUGAACUACUACACGGUAAUGUUCGGCGUGUCCCGGGCUCUCGGCGUGCUCGCCCAGCUGAUCUGGUCCCGCGCUCUCGGCUUCCCCAUCGAGCGGCCCAAGUCCCUCAGUACCGAGCUCCUAAUUAAACAGGUUGGCAAGUAACCACCACGUAGCAACGAUACAUUAGGGUCCGUGUUUGGCGACGUGUAGUUUAAAUCCUAGACUGAUUUGACACAGUUCGAUUCACACGAUACACCACGAUAGUCAAUUGUAUCUAUAAACACUUAAAAUAUUAUAAGCCUAAUAUUAUAAUAUACUGAAAUUAAAUUUUAUAAAAUAUUAUACAACUUGAAUGCUUUAGUAGUUGUAAGCGUAAUAAUGAAUUUUUAUUAUGUUUAACUAUUUAAUAUGAUUAUUGAGUAUUAUAAAAAUAAUUAAAUUAUGUACUUAUUCACAUGUGAUAAUAUUAUGUAUAUUUUGUAAAUGUUGUACUAUAUUUAAUUGGAUUAUAAUCUUUUUUUUAUGUAAAUCAUUAUACAAAUUGACUAAUGUAGUGGUGUGUGUCAACUGCAUCCAUAUUUUGUAACUUAAAUAAACUAACGUGCAAAUGAAUUAUUGGGUCAAUAGUUCUUAUUAAUUCUAGAAUAUUACUAUUAUUGUAUUUAGAGAUUGUGGAAUAUAAUACAGUAUGCGGUGCAUACUUAACUAUGACGAUGUAAAGAAUUUGCAUAAGACCCCAUUAUCCAUAAAUACGUUGGUUUAUUUAACUGUAUGAAAAAGAACAGUGUCUGUAACAAUAAAUAGACCCUAUGUUAAGUGAGUGGUCUAGUAGUACUUAGAGAGGUGUGAUUUGUCUUCUUUUUUAGGAAACAAAUUACUAUCCUACUUCGCUAUACUUUCCUGAGCAGUUCUUCUCAUUUCUGUUAUUUAUUUCUUUUAAAUCAUGAUUUUA